UUUUAGGAAAAACAUUGCUAUUGUUAACCAUUUCCGUUAUCGAAAUUAGGUUUGUUGGUAUCAACUCUCAGCACAAAACAAGCAAAAAUGGAUUUGAUAAGCAAGGAACGUUUGCGGGAAAUGAAAGAAGAAAUGGAGAGGUUUGAGAUGGAGAUUCAAGGACCAGGGGGCCAGUCCGCUCCAUCUCAAGGUUUCAUACUAGGGGCCAACACAUACGACAGAGUCCAGGCUCAGUUAACCUCCCUUCGCCAAGAAACUACACGACUUCAGCAACAGAGAACUCAAGAGGAGCAUGAACCAAAUACAGACUCAUUCAGGGAUGAAGAUUUCAGGAUUCGCAAUGAGGAUUUCAAACAUGGCCAAAAAAGAAAGUUUCACAAUGACGAGGAGGAAGAAAAUGAGUUUCAUGACAUUGAUGAAAGACCAGGGCGGCCUCAAGGGCCGUUAAUAGCACCUCCGCCCCCACCACCUCCUCCGGUGCAAACAAACAGACUUCCCCCAAGGCAGGGGCCUCCACUUUUAGGAGACAUGGCUUUAGUUAAUAUGUUUGCUCCACCACCUCCCCCACCUCCUGAGCCUGAGGAAGUAGAAGAGUCCACAUUGUCUUUCAAGCCUUAUGGGCCAGGUGAGGGGCCCCCUGUGGUAAGGCCUGCUUUCAUGCCUCCUCAGCUGCGACACAGAUUACCGCCACCGGGAAACCGGCCACCUUUUCCUAGGCCUCCAAUGCGAAUGGGUGGACCUGGCCCUUUUAUGGGCCCACCAAGACCUAUGAUGGGUGGGCCUGGUCCAAUGGCUCCACAAAGACCUCCAAUGGGAAUGCAAGGUCCAAUGGCACCUCCAAGACCACCUGGAAUGGAAGGUGGGGGCAUGCCCUUUAUGGCACCAGCUAUGGAAGUCAUGGCCAAACCGACAGUCACAGAACCACCUAAAGUUGUCUACUCAGCGGCACCGGUCAUUACAGUGGACAUCAAAAAAGAUAAGAAAAAGAAGAAGAAGAAGAGGCUUGGAUCUGAAGCAGAGGAAGAUGGAGAGAAGAAAUCAGUUAACCAGAGCCAGCUAACGAAAGAGUCCACUGCUGGCCCAACUGCUGCAGCUGCGGUUGAGGAUAAAUCCGUCGCGGAUAUGGAGAUCGUCCCAGAGAGCACUCUUGUUGGUGGUAUCAUGGCUGCCACGCCGGCCUCUGCAGCUCCUGUGUCAACUGGUGCACCUGUACCAGGCAAAAAGGAGAAAAAGAAAAAAGAAAAAAAAUUUAUACGCCUCGCAGCAAAUACGGUUUGGGAGGAUCCAACUUUAGCGGAAUGGGCACAAGAUGACUUCAGGAUGUUCUGUGGUGACCUUGGCAAUGAAGUUACAGACGAGACUUUGGUUCGAGCCUUCAACAAAUAUCCCAGCUUUCUGAAAGCCAAAGUUGUCAGAGACAGACGCACCAACAAAACGAAAGGCUAUGGCUUUGUCAGUUUUAAAGAUCCGCUUGACUUCACAAGAGCAAUGAGAGAGAUGAAUGGUAAAUACGUCGGGAAUCGUCCCAUCAAGUUGAGAAAGAGCAACUGGAGGGACAGAAACAUGGAAGUGGUCAAGAAGAAAGAUAAAGAAAAGAAACGGCUAGGAUUGAAAUAGCGUGUGUGUGCAGAAACUGGAAUGUGUGUGUGUUUGAUAUUCCUUGAUGUGCAUGUGUAUAUGGUUUUAUGGAUGUGUUGUACGCAAGACGUGUGUGUGUGUGUAUUUAGAUAUCCAUAUAGAAUACAAAAUGUGUGGAUAUAUGUGUCUCCAUACAUAGGAGUUGUAAUCCUCUUGUGUUAAGGUGAGCUCAAGCUUCCAAGUAUGUGGUCUGCCUGCAAAGUUGCAUCAUAUUGUCGCUGGGUGGGUGUAUCACUAGAUGUCAGUCGUGAAACGUCAGCACUGUCCAAUCAGAGAGGUGCUGUUGAAAGUGUGUAUUGUGGGAGUUUCAGUCUCGUCACAAGACGUUGGUCCUGGUGGGGUGGGGGGGGGGAGGAGCUGCUAUUGUGUAUUUCAAUAUCCAAUAAAGUAAAGCGAGAAUUGUGUUCAGCCACCACGAAGUCGUGUUGCGUUUAGAUCGGUCUGGACUUUAGUCACGGUCUAUAUUGGACACCUUCUUAUAAAAUACAAAAUAGAUGGACCACUAGAUCGAGGUACAUAAGCGACUUAAAUGGGGAUUUUUUUCUUGCAAAAAGGGGGGGGGGGGUAAUGAUUUCCAAUGUCUGUAGAAAGAUACAUGCGCCACAGUCGCAAGCCUAACAACUAGUACCGCAACAUUCCUGCUCUAAUGUUUACAUUAAUUGACCCUUGAACUUUGACAUCAACCAGAUAGGACAUCCCCCACCCUCUCUGGUGUCUCCAAUCACGUGACCUUUUUUUGUCUUGUCCAGUUGCAGUGGGCUGGUUGGCUACCAUAGCUACCAUCUGGUUUCCAAUCGCUAUCAAUGAAAUAAAAACAAAAUAAGAAAGUUUAUUAUAACUUGUAUUAUAAUUUUUUUUUAUAAUUUUUUUUUGUUGCAUUUCUUGUAGUCCAAUUCUUAUUGUAUUAUUGUUUUUAAUUUUAGGCGAAGCCUAGUUAUGAUAAAAAAAAAUUUUUAAAAAAAGGACAUGCGCUUAAAAUGACAUAAUGUCCAGCAGUUAUAUUUUUUUAUCUAUCCUCGCGUCACUUCAGAAAUUCCCGAUUAAGCUACUUCUACAAGCAAGCCCAUUGAAUCACUACAGUAGCAUAAACUGGUAGAGAUUUAAAUGGAAAGAAGGGUCAUUUAUAAGCGAUAAAAGGACAAGUGGUGUCAGAAGUUAGGUUAUGUUUUUGAAGACAUUGGAAUUACAAACACGAGAAUCUCGCAAUUUAAGAUUUAACUUGGCCUUGGCUUUAGUCACAACCAGAAAAGUAAUACCACUUCAAGUUUUCAAUAUAGAAUUACAAGAAUUGAUUUUCUAUUUGAAUCGCACCUCCUUAGAAUUAAAAGAAAAAUGUGGGUUUGUGUGGGUGUGAAUGUAUUCAUGUCUCUAUCUAGAUCAAGUACCUGCUAGAAAGUAUUACACUGUGGGUCUGUCUGUAGUGCUUAGAUUAUGAAAUCAGCGAAGAGUCCAGCUUGAGGCAGUCAUUAAUACUAAAAGAUGUGUUUUCUGUUGCUAAUGUCUAUAGUACACAUUCAAACGAUGUUUCAUUUGAUCAAUUAAAAUUUUUUUUUUGUA